AAUUUUCUAGUAGCUGUGGUAGAUUUGAUUGAUGUUUUAUCUAUGUAUUUAUAGAUAAUCUGUGUGCGGGGUCGGUGAUCGGUGUGCGCCUGUGCGCAGAGAGCUCCCCAAAGCGUUCGGCUGUUCGUUGAAGUUAUUCGUUUUUCCUUAUUUUAUGAUGGAGGGAGGCGUAGUUCACCCGCACCCGGGAGCGGUCGGCGUGGUGCACGGCGGAGUGCCGGGAGUGGUGCACGGGAUGCCGGUGCACGGCGCGGGCCCGGACGGCGAGCACGCCCAGCACGGGCCGCGCCGCCGCUACAACAACCGCCCCAAGCCGCCCAACAACUUGGAGAGACUACCGUUAGACGAAGCCGCUAAGAGAGAAAUGGAAUCUCUCCCGAUGAAGACUCCAGUUUCGGUGCUGCAAGAGCUGUUGGCUCGCCGAGGAACGGUGCCCAAGUAUGAACUGGUGCAGAUUGAGGGAAUGAUCCACGAGCCUACAUUCCGUUAUCGUGUGACUGUUGCUGAUCUUGUUGCUAUGGGCACUGGGCGCUCCAAGAAAGAAGCUAAGCAUUCAGCAGCCAAGGCUCUGCUGGACAAGCUGACUGGUGCUGCCCCAGCUGACCCACCAGCUAACGGCACUGUGCCCGAAACUACUGGUGGUGCUGUGGUGUCAUCGUUCGAGGAUAAGCUGAUGGGCAACCCGGUCGGCUGGCUGCAGGAGCUCUGCAUGUCUCGCUUCUGGCCGCCGCCCUCCUACCAUGCGGAGAAUGAUGACAAUGUCAACAGGCGGCUCCCGCACGAGCGCCAGUUCACGAUCAUCUGCACGCUGCUAAAGCGGCGCGAGGUGGGCACGGGCAAGUCCAAGAAGCUCGCCAAGCGCCAGGCCGCCUACAAGAUGUGGCAGGCGCUGCAGGACAACCCCCCGGAGUCCUUCCAGCCCGAUGAGGAGGGAGUGGCCGCCCGCUACGCCGACCUGAAAGACAGUAAAAUCUCCACUCUGACUACCAGUCACAGCCACAAGGUGUCACAGUUUCACAAGCAUCUCAAACAGUCUGUCGGCCCCAACCUGGCCAAGUUGCAGGUGACUCCGCUGAACAACAAGGACUUCAACUUCGUGCAGUUCCUGCAGGAGAUCGCGUCGGAGCAGUCGUUCGAGGUGACGUACGUGGACAUCGAGGAGAAGUCGAUGACGGGGCGCUGCCAGUGCCUCGUGCAGCUGUCCACGCUGCCGGUGGCCGUGUGCUACGGCAACGGGCUCAGCAGCAAGGACGCGCAGGCCUCCGCCGCGCAGAACGCGCUCGAGUACCUCAAGAUCAUGACCAAGAAGUGAAUGCGCGCGCUCGCGGCGCCGGCCCCGCGGACCGCGGCCCGCUGACCGCCGCGCCGGCGCCGGCGCCGCGCGUGCUCCCUCGCCUCGCCACGUCACCACUUCCCGCUCGACAUGGCGCGCCCCCGUCCGCGCCCGUCAGCGCUUCGGGCUAUGCUUUAUAACUGGCACGUUUGCAGUAUCUUACUUGUGAUUUUAUUUAUCUUCCGUUUACGUGUCGUUCUGUUUCAAUUUUCUUCGGCGAGUGACUCCUCACUUGUACUACUACUGCCAACGUGCGAGGGUAAAUCGCAUAGCCCGUAACUUUAUGAAACAAAGUAUGGAGUGGUCAUAUAACAUAAUACAAGCUAUACUUUGCAUAGAAUUAGUGUAAUUUUCCCAGCGUGGAAAUUACUUAAAAAAAAAUAAAAAAAUACAAAAAAAUAUAAAAAAUACGUAUAAAAUGUAAAAAAAAGUGUGGACUAUAAUAUUUCCAGUUUAAUAUUCAGCAUUAUUCUAGGCAUGUUUUUGAAUUCAUAUCUAAAACGAUCGUUAUUAUCAAUGAAAAAAAAAAAACAAAAUUUUAGCUUUUAAUGUACCUAUAUUAUAGUAAUCAUGGCGAAGCCUAUUAUAUUUUUCCUUAACAGAGUUAGGUUUAGUCUGGUGUGUUUCGAUAUGGACAUGCUGAGCAUUAAACGGAAAAUGAAUUCUCAGCUAGUGAUGUAAUGUCUUGUUGACGAACCGGCCUUUGCUUUGUAACAAGCUCCCGGAUGUGGUCCUUUACUUGAACUGAACUAGAACUUCUUACAAAGUGCAGGGUUGGAUCCGCAGGUGACUCUAGUGGUGGCAGGAUCGCGAACGUUUUAGUUAUAUUUUAAACCGGUCACUGAGGUUUUCUUUUGAACGCAUGAUGGAAAACUUUGCAGGGAAGCUGAGAACUUAGUGUCAGAGUGAAUAUAUCACUGGUAUUAGCGGUUGCGGAGUUAGGAUCCCUUGCCUGUGAAAAUGGGCAUUAUUUUAAUGCAAAGUAUAGAGGUUGUAACAUUAGUACCUGUUCAGCAUCGUCGUUCGUGCUGCAGUGUGGAGAGCCGCAAGCAUAGACGAGGGUUCUGUCCCGAGUUUCUUUUAAAUUGAAUGGUGUGUCCUGCCCUCCCGCCGCACUGUUCAAGUUGGAAAAAACUUACCAGAGUAAAGGAUUGGAGUUCUGUUCAACCAAGACCGACUAAAUAUUGUACUCCCACAUGGGCGUAGUCGUUUAUUUUUGUGUUUAGUGAGUCUUGGUUUUACUUCUUGUGAUUAAUCUCGAGAGUAACUAUUAUAGAAUAUUGUCACUAUUGUGAACACUUUGAAUUCAUAUUUGCAUAGAUGUACUUUUUGUUUAUUUUAAAAUGCAGUAAGAUUAAUUUUGUCAAUGCACUGUUUGCUCUAAUUACAAUAAAAUUUUGAUGUUGCUUAAAGUA